UAGGAUUGCUGGUCCUAGAAAGGUGGCUGCCCUAUGAGGGUCAGGUUCUGCCCUCUCUCCUUGCGAUCGGUUGGUCUGGCCCCAAAUCCUGAGCGAUGGUCCCACGGCAGCUGCUCUCCCCUAGGUGCCUUCUGCAUCCCGUUGUAUGUUCCAUAUGUGCUGACGGGCCGCUGGACCUUUGGCCGGGGCCUCUGCAAGCUGUGGCUGGUGGUGGACUACCUGCUGUGUGCCUCCUCAGUCUUCAACAUCGUGCUGAUCAGCUAUGACCGAUUCCUGUCCGUCACUCGAGCUGUCUCCUACCGGGCCCAACAGGGGGACACACGGCGGGCGGUGCGGAAGAUGGCCCUUGUGUGGGUGCUGGCUUUCCUGUUGUAUGGGCCUGCCAUCCUGAGCUGGGAGUACCUGUCUGGUGGCAGCUCCAUCCCCGAGGGCCACUGCUAUGCUGAGUUCUUCUACAACUGGUACUUUCUCAUCACGGCCUCUACUCUCGAGUUCUUCACGCCCUUCCUCAGCGUCACCUUCUUCAACCUCAGCAUCUACCUGAACAUCCAGAGGCGCACUCGCCUCCGGCUUGACGGGGCCCGUGAGGCUGGUCCGGAACCCCCACCUGACGCCCAGCCCUCACCACCUCCAGCUCCUCCCAGUUGCUGGGGCUGCUGGCCAAAAGGGCAUGGGGAGGCCAUGCCACUGCACAGGUAUGGGGUGGGCGAGGCAGGCCCCGGUGUAGAGGCUGGGGAGGCUGCUCUCGGGGGUGGCAGUGGUGGGGGUGCCGCUGCCUCACCCACCUCCAGCUCCGGCAGCUCCUCGAGGGGCACUGAGAGGCCACGCUCACUCAAAAGGGGCUCCAAGCCAUCGGCAUCUUCAGCAUCCCUGGAGAAACGCAUGAAGAUGGUGUCCCAGAGCAUCACCCAACGCUUCCGGCUGUCACGGGACAAGAAGGUGGCCAAAUCGCUUGCCAUCAUUGUGAGCAUCUUUGGGCUCUGCUGGGCCCCGUAUACACUCCUAAUGAUCAUCCGAGCUGCCUGCCACGGCCACUGCAUUCCCGACUACUGGUACGAGACGUCCUUCUGGCUCCUGUGGGCCAACUCAGCCGUUAACCCUGUCCUCUACCCGCUGUGCCACUACAGCUUUCGCAGAGCCUUCACCAAGCUCCUCUGCCCCCAGAAGCUCAAGGUCCAGCCCCACGGCUCCCUGGAGCAGUGCUGGAAGUGAGCCGCCGCUCCACCCUUCCGUGGCCGUGUCCUGGCACUUGUUUCAUGGGCCCUGCCUUGUCCAUGGCCACUCUAAAUGCCAUGACAGCCUCUUAGAUCAUCAACCACCCUGCAGUGGGGAAGCCUGGUAGGCUAGCCAGGGGCCCUCGCUGGUGGAACUGAAGCGUGCUGGCUGGCUCUGCCACCACAUGCUGCUUCACCCCAGAAGAGACAAUUCAGGGGUCCCAGGCAUGCGUUCCACCUCUGCAGACAGUGCCGUGCCAGUGGUGCCCGUGGUGUCCCCUUGUGCACACUUAGUGGCUGGUGUCCUCUCUGAUGCAAACCUUGGUGUGUGCUCCAGGCUCCUGCCCCAGCAGUGUGCCCUGCAUGUGCACACACCCGCCACACACCCGCCACAUGCUGCAACACCUUCCCUCUUCCAGACAAUCUGGGGAUGAUGCCCUUUGCUGCUUCUGUCUCCUGCUUAAGCCCAGAACCUAGUUCCUUUGUCCCUCUCCUCUCAACUCUUUGCCCCACAAAGUGGCAAGUGCCCCCAGGAACCUUGAAGCCUUUCUCUGCUUUUCCAUUCUGGAUGUUUUCAGAAAGAUGGAAGAGAAGAAAACACGUCUGUGAACUUGAUGUUCCUUGGAUGUUUAAUCAAGAGAGACAAAAUUGCCGAGGAGCUUGGGG